UCUGGAUCACAGACGUGGCACUGACAUCCUCUCUCCUCAGGUGUGGGGGUUGUCUCAGAAACCGCCACGGCGGCGUCGGGCCGUGGUUCUGACGGGUCGCCACCAGGCGUCUGACACCGAGGUGCAGCUGUACCAGCAGGUGCUGCAGCAGCUCCACUACGAUGUCMACACAUCCAGAUACACCGAGACCAGCAGCGUCCUCCAAGCCAAUCAGGGUGUGAGUGGGUGGAGCCUGCUGCUGUGUCUCAGCAGUUCAGAGCGGAGCUGUCUGAGGAGAGUCUCGUUCUCUCACCUGCAGCGGCAUCAGAGGGUGAACCUGAUCCCAGGUCUGAUGGACGCCUUCUCUGAUGCAGGUGCAGGUCUGUGUCACAUGUUCACGUGGUCUCACCUGACAGGAGUAGAUUUACCCAUGAGGCGGUACUCCUGUGGAUCAACCAAUCAGAAGCUGUGGAUGCCUCAGGACAGUCUGUCACCUGUUGGAGCUCCGCCUCCUGGUCUGGUUGCCAUGGUGAACAUUUACGUUCUGGUGACAUCACUCCAACCGCUGACAUCGUUCCUGCAUGACGUCAUCGUGGUGUCGACCAAUCGGGAGCUGAGGGCACGACCCCUGAAGCUCAGGGACUUUCUGCGGCAGCAGCUGGGACCAGUGAGUUCCCAUCAUGCUUUGGGGCAUAUGAAGCACGUGAUAGGCGAAGUGCUGCAGGCGGCAGUGUCAACCAAUGAGAGGACAGGAAGAGUGGACAGGUGUGUGUUGUGUUACCAGCUGCUCACCUUCACUCUGAUGUUCAGUGGCUCCAUCACACCUGUCGUCAUCCAGGUGGACACUGAUUUAACAUUUACAGCUCUGAGGGACGACACGUUUGACAGACAGGUCACCAAAGACAUGAUCCUGGAGGACACACUGCACUUCCUGUCACACACACACCUGUCAGCAGAAACAGAGACAGACAGGAGACAGAGCGACUCGUGACCUGGAGAGUUUCAGGCUGAUGUGAGGACAAAGAGGUUCUCUGCUCCAUCACAGACCAACAGCUGCUCUA